UCGGUCCCUCACCGCUAAGUGCUUUAUCUCAUGGACAGGACAGUAUAUGACAUGGGUACAGACCCGAGUUCUGGGUCAAGCAGCAGCUCACGGAGUAAUACAACUAGCGGUGGAGAAUUCGGGCACGGGAUAGGAGUCACUGUCGGAGUUGUUGUACUUAUCAUCAUAGUUGCAAUCACUUCCUACCUAUGUGCCCGAUUCCGAGUGCCCGAUGAGAAUCAUCAUGGAGCAAGCUCUUCCUUGGCCUCCACAUCAGGGCAAGCUAUCGAUAUAGCAAGAGUAGAGAUCGACGACGUGGACGAACGCAACCCAGGUGCUGAGCUCCCGAGACCCGGGCACUCCGGUAGGGAGACUAUUCAAAGGGGCAGCUUGAGUGCAAAGUCGAACUCAAGCCUGUCUCGAUGUUCAAUUUGUUUAAGGGGCUAUAAGGAGGGGGAUGCAUUGAGUUCACUGCCCUGCUGUCACCAUCUAUUCCACACGAAAUGCAUCGACCCAUGGUUGCAGCUGAACCCUACUUGUCCGAUAUGCCGGAGCUCUCCGGCCACAACACCUGUCUCCACUCCUCUUGUCGAGUUGGCACCAUUAACUGGUCGAGGAGGGCAAUCAUACCGAUGACAAUAACACAAAAAACGGUAAAAUUGUUCUAGUCGCAUUUAAGACACAGCAGUAGGCAAGGACAUAAGAUCUUAACCCGCGGUCGGCUCUUUUAGAUAUUUGAAAUGACUUUUAUGUCGGCUCUUCUGAGAUCACUAUGUACAGCUAGAUUCAAGGUGAUCAGUGUUUUAAUUAAUGAGGACAUGCUUUGUUAGGAACAAAAACAUCAUCACGCAUUU